AUGAACUACCACGACAGGUCACGCUCGCCACCCAACAUAUCCUACUCUCCCUCUUCUCCAGCGUAUCGAUCGCGCUCACGAUCCCGCUCUCCAAGGCGAUACGACGACCGGCGUCGUCGCGACUACCGCGACCGCGAUCGCGAACAUGAAUACCGUGUGCCGCCUCCGCGAGGCCGCGAUCGCGAGUACGACGGUCGCGUUCCACCUACCCGCGACCGUGAUCGCGAGUAUGAUGACCGUGUCCCACCUCCACGUGACCGCGAUCGCGACCGUGAUUACUAUGACGACCGCUCCGGUGACAACGACCGGCGUGAUCGCGACGACGGCUGGCGCGACUAUGCCCGGGAUGACCGGCGCGAGCGCCCGUCGCAUCGCCGUGAGGAACGUCGUUUCGACGACUCGCGGCCGCCAUCGGAUCCUAGCCGGGACUUAAUCUUCCUUGGUCUUGAUACGGAACUCUCUGAGAAGGAGCUCGAGGGAUACCUCCGCGUCGAGCAUGGUUAUAAUGUCGAGUCCUGCAAGAUUGUGCGGGAGCGCGCGAGCGGCCAAUCUAAAGGCUUUGGGUUCGCGCAGUUCGCAACCCUUGAGCAGGCCAAGCGUUUCAUGGAUGACAACUAUCCCCACGUCACGAUGCCCGCUCUGUUCGGUCACAGUGAACCGCGCCGCGUAAAGAUCGACUUCGCGGGAUCGCGGUUGGAAGAUGCGCCUGCUCCGGCUCCCCAGAUCGGCGCACGUCACGACGGAACACGCGACAUCGGACAACCGGGCGGCGGGUCGCGUGUGCUUCUCCUCCGGGGCUUGGAUCCGGGCACAUACGCAGGCGAGGUGGUGCGCCGACUUGCAGAGGAGGUCAUUCGCAUGCUCGGCAAAGGUACGCAGCGUGAUGCAGAGGCGUGCAUCUCGCGCGUCGCGAUGAUCGUCGAUAGAGCGUCUGCUAUUUCGUGGGGCUUCGCAUUUGUCGAGCUCGUCACGCCCGAACUCGCGUCGGCACUCAUGCCCUUCCUCUUCCUCCCGCAACACCAGCCCACGGGGUUCCUCAUCUCUGGCGUACCUAUUGCUACGUCGUUCGCCAACCCCAACGCGCUCAUCCCUACGCCCUCUGGCCCGAUGGGCGGCCAGUUCCUUCUCCGCGCAGCGGCCAACGGGGGCUUUGGGGCUGGUACAAUCGACACGCCGGACGGCGAGUUCUGCACCUACUGGCACCAGCAGGCCGGUGCGGUCGAGACUGUUCCGCGCGGUGCGCCAGCUGUUCCCGCCCGUGGCGUGUCCCUCGAGCUCAGCGACGAGACGCGUCGCUUCCUCGGCAACCUCGCUGGUAAAUGGAAACCGCCCAAGCCAACCGGCGCGGCUGCGGUUGCUACCUCAAACGUGCCAGGAGAGGCGUCGUCUUCCGCACCGGGAACAGAAACGCCCUCGGGGCCUCUGGUUGGCGGCAUGCAGCCGAUCAAGAUCGGGUUCGGCAACGCUGUUAAGAAGAAGCCUAAGGAGGAACCGGCGAUGGUUGAGAUCAUGUCGAAGGGCCUCGUCGAUGACGACGACGAGGUCGACCUCGUAGGCAAGGACUCGGUGUUGCUUUCAAGGACCAAGGGUGCCCAUAUUGUUCCCCCAACCUCAACCAGUAGGAAGGUCGCGGGCUUCAUCAACAAGUGGAAUACCAAGCAGACCGAGCUGUCUACGCCGCGGAAACCCAAGGCACCCAACGCUCCCCCCGCUGGCGUCUCCGCGGCCAAUGCAGCGCCAGUGGUACAGGUGCCAGUUCAGCACCAGCAACCAACGCAACCCUCAACCAGCAACGAGUUCGACUUUGGCGACACGCAGAACUUUGCCACGACUGGCAAAGUGGCGUGUCUGCUCUGUCAGCGCCAGUUCAAGUCCGAGGAAAUGCUGCGCAAGCACAACGCGCAAUCUGAACUACACAAGACUAACCUUGCGGACAAUGCAAUCCGAGAGGCCGGAAAGCGCCGCAAGAACAAUGCUCUCGCAGCUCAAACAGGCUCCAACCAGCAGUUCCGCGACCGCGCGGCUGAGCGGCGCGACGUGCACCAACAGCCCGACCGGCCUGCCCUGGACCCAGACCCGCGCCGCCCUGUUGGUGAUAAGGUGGAGGCCGCCGCACCCAAGGCCCCCGCCCCAGAAAAGAACGUCGGCAACAAGCUCCUCGCCAAGAUGGGCUGGACGAGUGGGACAGGUCUUGGUGUGAACGAAGACGGCCGCGCUGAGCCGGUGCAGGUUCAGCAGUUCGAGGAGCGUGCGGGGCUGGGCGCGACGGCUGGGCGUGAAGCGGGGCGGUGGUCCGGGCCGGGCGGCUGGCAGCGGCGGGCGCAGGACAUGACUCAGGAACGCUUCCAAGAGGCAGAGCGCCAGAACCAGGGCCAGAACUAA